AAACUGAUGAAGUAAAGAGCCAAUAUCGAGUGUUAGGUAAUACUGUUCAAUACUGUUCUGAUCAUGGCAGGUGUACUCAAAAAGUCUACAUAUUUAACAGGAUUAGCUGUUUGCAAGUAUCCUCACCAAGAUUUAAUACCGUUGUACAAAAGAAUUUUGAACGAGCUACAAAAGUUUCCGAAAGAUUAUAUUUACCGGAAAGAGACAGAGGAAGUUGUCAAGGCUAGACUAUCAAUCAUGCAAGAGAAUGAAAAUAUACAAGUUGCAGAAGAUAAAAUAAAUAGUGGACAAGUGGAAGAGCUUAUAAUACAGGCAAGAAACGAGCUAUCGCUGACGCAAAAAAUGUUGCACUGGAAACCUUGGGAGAAAUUAACGCAGGAAGCACCACCCAAUCAGUGGACAUGGCCGCCGCAUAAAUAAUUUUAAUUUGUUAUUGAUAUUUGUACAUAGUAUAUACUUAAUUAAAUGCAAAUGAAUAGAGAAAAAGCGCAUUAUACAUAAGUACACUAUA